AUGGAGCUUACUCUAGGUUAUGUGGUGGAGGAUCCUAUGUAUCUAAAAAGUGUACAGUUUUGUCUUGAAGAGCACAACAGCUAUUGUCUUAAUGGUAUCUGUAUAUUUCAUAAGGAACUAAAUAUGCCCACCUGCAGGUGUCUUACAGGUUUCAGUGGUGAAAGAUGUGAACAUUUGAUGUUAAACUCUUAUGCACAGUAUUCCUAUGAAAAUUACAUUGCUGCUGGAAUUGGUGUCGGAAUAUUGCUAAUUGGAAUUUUCACUGUAAUCUACUGCUACAUAAAAAAGAGGUACAGAGAACUCCAAUCUUCCUGCAAAGUCUGCCAUGAGAAGACAGCACUCUGAAGGUCUUCUGGGCAUUUCCGCAUUAAUUCAGAGAGGCUGAAACCAAAUCUCUACCAGAGCCAG